UUGCGUUUAGGUUUAAUUUUCAUUUCGUUUAGUUUUUUUCAGAUUGUUGAAGAAGAAGCUCUUUAUGUCGUGCAACUACUUGAAGCCUGGCUUCCUGCGUGUUAUGCUACGUUGAGAUGUCUCCGAAUCUACGCUUUCAUUCGACUUGACGCCAAUUUCUCGCUCAUGUUGAACAAAUGCCCUGCAUUAAGCCAUCUUACUCUUUCUAAAAUCUCCGAGAUUUCUUGUCCAUGUUUCAAUACUCUGGACUCUUUUGAGUUCAAUGGAUGCGGAAUGGGUUACACAGAAGAAGAUUUAUCUCUCGGGAAGUGUAUAGAGAAGUAUUUUCCCAAUGUGCGUGUAAUUGGUUUUCGUGCGGUCUGUUUUGAUCCGGUUUUGACAACUCUGAUUAGGAGUUUGACGCCGACCGGCAAAUGCUAUGAAAUUUAUCAAGUUGUUUCCACUCAGCAAUUCACAUCUUUGGUGAAACCGAUGUUUAUUCCGAGGUCUGCCAGAGAAAGCGAAAGUUGUAUCGAACUGGUAAACAAGAGGUAUGGUACUCGCCUCAUUGUUUUCGAUAAUCAUCAACUUUAUCGAACUCCUUAUUGA